AUGGCGUUCACCAUCUUCAACAAGAUCCUCGGCCUGUUGAUGGCGGCCACCGUCCUCAUCGCGGGCCAAGCCCUCCCCACGCACCACCUUAACCGCGGUCGCAAGCAGGAGGAGAUGGACCGCGUCGUCGAUGUCUGGAGGAUGCCCACACCGCAGGAAUUCUACGCGGUGUGCGGAAUCGGGCCUGACGAGCGCCUCCCGCUUCCUCCUGAGGGGGAUGCUCGCUAUGCGCUCCUCCCAGGUCCAUCCAGCCGUCGUCGUCCUUCCUCCUCCUCUUGCCCUCGCUCGCGCUCUCACCCUUGCCCUUCUGAACCCGACAACACCAGACCGACCGAUGCGGACAUCAUGUGUGUUCCAUCACACAUCCCCAAGGUGAAGAGCGCCAGGCUGAACUGGUUGCUUCACGACCUCAUCGUGUCCCACCCUGAGGUUGACAGCUGUUCGCCGCAGGGGCGAGCUCAACUCUACGAGCUCGCCAAAGCCGAAGAGGCCCAGAGGCAGCAGCUGGAGUCGUCUCAGCUGCAUGAGCUGUUGCUGCAGAAGAAGAAGAAGAAGAAGCAGCAGCAGCAGCAGCAGCAGCAGCAGCAGCAGUCCAAGGCAGAUCGACCUGUGGCCACCGUGUUAUCGUCUCCUGCUGCUAUCAUCAUCAUCGACGACGACGACCAAGGACUGGCUGCCGACCUUGCCGACGAGGGAGACGCGGUACAGCAGCACGAUGGUGUACAGGUUUCGACCGAGGGGCUCUCCCCGAAGUCGUCACAGCAGGACACAGCUGUGGCGCAUCUCAUACAGCCCUCCCACGGUCUCGAGGAGAAUGCUGCCAACCAUGAGGAUGACAGCAGCAGCAGCAGCAGCAGCAGCAUCAUCAUCAUCAGCGAUGGUGGUGAUGAUGAUGAACUUCUUGUGGUCGGCUCCGAGAGAGGGCAGGCCUCGGCCUGUACCAGCACUGACCCCACACCUCCAGAGGACAAUAGCACCCUCUCGGAUGGUGCAGUGGAAGAUGAACUGAAUUGCAGCCCUAGCAUGGCUGCUAAUCCGACUUCUCAGGCUGAGGCGGCCGAGGAAGACACUGUUCUCCCGAAUAGAGAGGAGGCAGUGGGUGAAGAUGCAUCCAUCACAGUGAUCGUGGAUCCAGAACCCAGCGGAAUAAUAGAAACCAGCUCUUCUUCUGAGGUCGUCGAGGACGUCGCCGAGAACUUCAACGAGAUCGCCGCCGAGAGCGACGCCCACGCCCAGGUCCACAUCGACGACGACGAACACAUAGAUGCGCCGGAGCCGAUGGAGGUCGACGACGUGCAGGUUCGUCCUGAGGGUCUUCUCGUCCAUCCCACGCCACAGCAGCAGAAGCAGCAACAACAACAAAAACAACAAGAAGAAGAAACCGAGGUCUCUCAAAUCAAAGAGGACCCGGUGGGUGAGUCGAUGGAUCUGGACGAGGGACGAUCUGAGGAGGUGUGGACCGAGAUAAUGGCGGACCUGGAGAACAGCUUUCCAGAGGAUGAUCCCAUGGCGGACGUCCGAGUUGUCGACCAGGAGGAGGACGGCCAAGUCCUUAGUCAGGAGGAGGAGGUUCGUCGUCCCCCCAGGUCACCAAAGGGCAAGGAGAUGGCUACCUUCGAUAUGCCCCCUACCCCGUACGAGAUGACCUUGCCGCACCCCCACUACGACGACGAUAACAACAACGACAACCAUCACCAGCAGGCCAUGGAAGAUGUGCAGAUGGUCGACGAGCAGGUCGCCCAGUGCAGUAAUCAGCAGCAGCAGCAGCAGCAGCAGCAGCAGCACCGCACCAACUCCCUGACCAGGUACACCACCAACGACUCCAUGGAGUCCAUCGAACAAGUCGGUGGCAAUUGCGUUUCCGGGCCGUCCAAGACAGAGGAGGUUUCGCAGGACACUGGUGGUGACCCAAUGGAGGAGAUACAGGUUUUCGAAGAGGAUGCUCAUCCCAAGUCUUACUCAAAGGACAAAGAGAUGGCCCACUCCAACAACCCGACACCUGCACCGUACCCGACCGAGUGCAUAACCACCGACGACCACCUCAUGCAAGAUGUCCACAAACAAGAAGACGUCCACAUACCAGAGGAAGAGGAGCAUAUCUAUGCAGAAUCGUCGAAGGCCAAUGGGGUUCAGCAGCAGCAGCAGCACUUCACGGAGCGCCAUGCCGAACAAAUCAACACGGACUACCACAUGAGGGACGUCAUCCAGGUUCGUGAAGAGAAGAAUGUUACUUUGAAAGUGCACCGAUACCGCCAACAGCAGCCAUGCUCACCAACAACAGCCUUGGUUAUCCCGCGCCGUCAACCCAGGCAGCCCAAAGUCAAGCCUGUCAAACCCAUUGUCAAACCCAACCAGCGAGUCAUCUUCAAGAAAGUCGGCGACAAGUUCUGCGGCUUCCAAGUCAUCCCUCGGCCAGGCGGACCAAGAGAUCCGACCGACAAUGACAAUAACACGCACGUGUCCCUGGCGCCCAUGGUCCAGAAGAGAAAGUGGGACGAGCCACACAGCCAGAGCCAAAAGGGCUACUGCACCGCGGCCAUCCUCUUCCGGGCCUUCCACUACUUCCAGUCCGAGGUCCACACGGGCCGCGUCGUGGAAGAGAUCCGCCGGCUCACAGCAACCAUGCUCCCCGACAUGUACAGCGCAGCCGAGGCCAAGGUCUACGAGAGCGCCCUCAAGUUCGACAGGGAGGCUGUCGAGUGGCGGGGGACCGACCCAGCCCAGCUCCGCACCUACGUGGGAGGCGGCAGGUGGCGCUCGACCACCAUCACGACCUUCCACAAGUUUGUCUGCGACCGCGGCUACCGGCCCUCGCACCGCGGGCCCUGGUCCAUUGUGGAGGGCGUGCGGCUCAUCAUGGAGUACAUGACCUACCGCAUCCCCUUCCUCAACACCAACUCGCACGUCCUCAACUUCCUCGAGCGCCGCCUCACCCCCUGCGUCGAGUUUGCCAUGCGCACGUGCGACCCAGGCCUCGGCGCCACGAUACACGGCACGGCGAGGGAGCACGUCCUGCCUGCGCCCGAGCGGCCCGAGCACCGCAUGUACUCCCGCUCCUACGCCGCGCCCCUGUUCGAGCUCGUGCGCGCCCGCCUCUUCUUCUGGGUGAUCCACCUGGCCCCGACCAAGAUGGGCACCCUCGACAUCAAGUCGGCGUGGAGCUGGGUCCAGGACGUCAGUGACGCCUGCACCUUCACCAAGCAGGGCAGGGUCCACCACGUCUGGGAGGUCAAGGACAACAGCGGGCAGGUCAGGGCCAACUGGCGCGCCCACGACGUCGCCGACCCCGACCAGCUGCGGGGCUGGUUCUUCACCUGGCUCGACAACGUCGUCUGCCCGCGGCUGCACAAGCUCACCAGACACGAGCCCGACAUGUACAGGUACUGGGUGUGUCUGCGGCACGAGCUGGACCUGGAGAUCUCGGAUUACCUGCUCGACUUUAAGGGCUGGGGUCCCGACCGGCAUGGGCCGCAGCUUUCGAGUGCGCAGGCCAUUGCUGAUAUUAUUGCACAGAACUCUGGGUAA